ACUAAUAACGAAAUUCACUUUCUUUGUUAGAAUUAGCUAGCUAGCAAUUGAAAAGGGAAAAUUAUCACUACCAUGGAAGGAGAGGUAGAAAACUUCAUUUUGGUUUGGAUAGUAGUGAUUGUAAGUCUUCUUUAUUCUUACAUGAUAUCCAAGUUGAUACCAAAAGGCACAACUAGACUUUUGGCUUUAUCCAUUGUUAUAUGCCUUUUUCUAUGGUUUCCCCUCAAUCUAACCACCAUGAUCCUUGGUGGUUUUACCUCUUUCUUCAUAGCAUGGCUUGCAAACUUCAAAAUACUUCUAUUUGCUUAUGGAAAAGGUCCUCUUUCUUCGGAUCCUCCUAUCCAAUUGUCACACUUUAUACCCAUGGCAUGUUUACCAAUCAAGUCUUCGUCGGGCCAUACAAAUUCGAUCCAAGCGACCAAGAAAACAACGAUGAGAAUAGUUUUUGUGAAGGUUGUGUUGUUUGGAUUGUUACUUAAGGCGUAUGAUUAUAGUGAAUAUAUUCAUCCAUACUUGAUUAUGUCAUCGUAUUGUCUCCAUAUGUACUUGGUACUUGAUAUGGUGCUAGAUUUGAUUGCAUAUGUGGCUCGAAACGUGGUGAAAAUGGAACUUGAGCCACAAUUUCACGAGCCGUAUCUAGCUACUUCCCUCCAAGACUUUUGGGGGAAAAGGUGGAACCUCAUGGUAACUACCAUUCUUCAUCCGACUAUAUACGAGCCCAUUCGCUCCAUUUCUUUGCGAUUUUUGUCAAGAAGAUGGGCCUCUGUAGUUGCGGUUCUUACAACAUUUCUUGUUUCGGGGUUGAUGCACGAGUUUAUAUUUUAUAACAUUGGAAGAUUAAGACCUACAGGUGAAGUGACUUGCUUCUUUUUAUUACAUGGAGUAUUGUUGAGUAUUGAAAUUUCUUUGAAGAGAAUAGCUAUAGGAAAAUUACAUUUGGGUCCAAGUUUGUCAAGACCAUUGACUUUGGGAAUAAUUCUGGCUACUUGCUUUUGGUUAUUCUUUCCACCAUUUUUGCGUUUCAAACCUUACGUACGUGGAUGUCAAGAAAGUGUCGCAUUUUUGGAGUUUGUAACAAAUGGUCGGCUGAUUAGCCCUGAUAAUGCUACUUGUCCCUUCUUAUUGACUUAAGAAGAAGAUGAUUCUCCUAUAUAUAAAUUCUACAUUCGAUAAAGUAAAA